AUGAAUGGUUAUAUUCCUAGUAACACAAGAAAUUCAAGAAGAGACUCAUUUAUAAAUUAUUCCCAAUAUUAUUAUGCUUCAUAUUACACCGUUGCUUCUCCUAUUAUCCCAGCUUGUCUCAAUCAAAGAUACUCUUAUGAACCAUAUAAACCAGAACUUUAUCCUGAACCAUUAAGCCUGGUAAUAGCUCAAAUAAGUUAUUAUUUUUCAAUCAAUAAUUUGUUAAAAGAUUAUUAUUUACGUAAGCAGAUGAAUUCACAAGGUUAUGUUCCAAUAGGCAUAGUUAGUCAAUUUAAAAGAUUGCAAACUUUAUCUGGUGGAAAUAAUGAAUUAAUCUUAGAGGCAUUGGAUAAAUGUGAAAAGGAAUUGAAUAUUAUUGAUAUCAAUGGGUCAAAAGUAAGAGUCCGUAAUUUUUGGGCUCAAUGGGUACUUCCAUAUGAACAAAGAGAUGAACAUGGAAAAGAUGAGUUUGUUCAAGAGACUGUGAAUGAUGAAACAAAAGAUAAUCUUGAUAUAAACGCUAGUGCUAAUAAUGAAACUAAUAAUGAAACUAAUAAUAAAGAGAAAAAGCAACAGAAUAAUUUUAAAGAAGGAAUUGACUCCAAGUAA